CUUCUGAGAGUAUGUACUACCAAAUAUCCAUUCACCAGCUGCUGCACUUAUGAUUGUGAAUGGCAUGAAGAAGAGGGUCAUUAUGAGGUUGGCUCCUACUAGGAAGGAGAGAAAUAUUGUGGAGGGUUUCUUUAGUGAUGAUGGUUGAGCAAACGUAGCCAUUAAGACACCAAUAUUGAUGACUAGUGAUAUCAGGAACUCCAGACCAACCACAACGGCUAAAGCAGGCCCAUUGAUAUCAUCAGCAAUAGUGAAAUCACUGUUUUCAUUAGUAAAAAAGAGACUAAGAUUUGUUGCAUUGUCAUUUUCCAUCUCUGCAAUGUGGAGGUUGUUUAUGCAUGGGUCGUUGCCCAAUUAUAGCCAGUCACAGAAUUUUACACCUGACACCAUAUACAGAUACCAUAAACAUGAUAUCUGUACUACUUAUGAUCACACUAUGUGGCUCAUGUUCCAUAGAUCAUAAACUCAGCAUUCUUUCCAUGACCUUGAGCGGAAAAUAAUCUUUUUAAUUUUUGUUAUAGAAGAAGGUGGGGCUCGUUACCAUGGUAAUUAUAAUGGACGUGGGUGGGCUCGUUACCAUAGUAACAAUCAGAAGGAACACAUGCACAAUGUUUUGCGGAUCAGUGAAUGAGGAUUCUUCAGUUUUCUCUUCUCCGACUGCCUUCAUUAGGGAAAUAAUACAAAAAGGCAUACACGGUGAGAAACAGCUCUCUGUAGGCCUAACCCUAUGCCACACCCUGUUAGAAAAUGGCGGCCAAAGCAAUGGAUCCUUACUGAGUGCUGUUACUAGCAAUGAGCGUAUAUCAGGAAUAAAAUCAAUUUUAGCAAAGAAGGAGAUUGAUAUUAAUGAAGCUUCUGGUGAUACUGGAGUUACUUCUCUAAUGAUAUCCUGUCUAUUAGGAAGAGAUGACGUUGUCAAGUUAUUACUAAAGCAUGGAGCAGAUACUGGACUGACUGAUAGAGAACAACUGAACUCAUUCCAUUAUUCAAUAUGGGGAAUGAAUAUCAAGUGUGUUAAGGCAUUAUUGAGUCUACCAUUGGUUAGUAGUAAGGAUCAAUAUGGAAGAUCAGCUCCUAUGAUUGCAGCACAUAAGGGUAAUAUUCCUAUAUUCCAGUUACUAAUUAAGAAAGGAGCCAACCUUUAUGAUAAAGAUAACGGCAAUAGAACAGUCAUGCAUUGGGCAGCAACCUCUGGAAAUUUGUCAUUCCUGGAGAUGUUAUACAAACGUUAUAUACCUGACAUCAGUGAGUGGUCUUGUACUGAUGAAGAUGGAGCUACUCCAUUACAUUAUUCACUGAUUGGAAGUAACACACAAAUACUUCAGUUCCUAAUAUCAAAGGGAUGUAAUCCUAUUCCUCCUGAUACAGCUAAGACCCUAUCAGUAAUACACUGGUCUUGUGCAUUAGGACUCACUGAUCCUCUACACUGUAUAUUAACCACUAGUAAUAAUACUAAUAGUGCUAACAGUAAUAUUGAUGAGCUGGUAAUGUGUCCAUCAUCAGUUGGUGAGCCACUUCAUGUAGCAGCUAGUGUUGGAUCAAUGGAGCUGUCCCAGUUACUGGUAGAAAGAGGAAAUGAUGUUGUUAAUAAUCGUGAUCCUUCCUCUGGCAUGACUCCAUUACAUUGUUCUAGUGCUCAUGGUCAUCUCAAUACUCUUAGACUGUUACUAACUAAUAAUGCUGAGGCUAAUGGACUCAACCAUAACAAUGGACAGUCUGGUUUACAUUAUGCUAGUGCUAGUGGUCAUGGUGAAGUAUUGAAGGAAUUACUAAAGAAUGGAGCAGAGAGAGACAAACCAUCCUCAUCUAGUGACUCUCCUAUACAUUUAGCAGCUAGCAAAGGACAUAAGAAUAUUUUAGAAAUAUUAAUAAGUGAUGGUACUUCAAUUGAUAUAGUUAGAGCCAGUGAUGGGAGGACCCCGUUACAUUUAUCAUCACUGGCUGGCCAUUCAGUGGCUGUACAGUAUUUACUUGAUAAAGGAGCCGACUGCAAUAGGAAGGACACUACUCACGGUUAUACUCCAUUGGAUCUGGCUCUGUUGAAUGGUCACAGUUCUGUUGGGGAUUCCCUCAUAUCAAGUGGAGGUUGUACUGGUGCUGGUAGGAUACAUGAAUCAGCAACAAAGAUACAACAAUGCUGGAGGAGAUAUGUCAUUAAGCGUCGAGAGUUUGUCACACGUGAUUGGGCUGCCAGAAAAAUACAGUACCAGUAUCGGUCCUGGUCGGACAAGAAGAGAGCAAAGAGAGUGAGGCGACUGAGGGAGAAGAGAAGAAAUGAAGCUGCUCUUAUAAUCCAACAAAACUGGCUAACAUACAUCAGCAUUAAAAGAAAAAUGGAACAAUCCUACCUGGCACUGAAAACUAAACUUAACUAUGAAUACAUCACUACUCAGUUAGUACUGGCUCAGCUAGAACAGCAUUCUAAAAGCAUAAACCUACCCCCAUCAGUCACUAGUAACCCCACCAGUACCACUAAUGAUACUAAACACACUCCUCACUCUCGCUGUCCAACUGCUGGCCAUAUCCUCAAGCUAUCCUCUAUUGGUAAUGAGACACCAAGGAAACCACUAUUGAGACCACUACCUGUUGUAAGGACUGUUUCAGAACAAACCGACUCUGCCAAUAGAUUAGGCAUUCUUAAAUCUAGCAAGUUGCAAACUCGUACUCAUACUUCAGAUCCUCAUUCUACCAGCAAUAGAGAGUCUCAGCAUGUAGUGCAGUUUGUUGAUGAAGGACAGGGUUAUUCUAGUCUCAGCAAAUCUGUAUCGUCUCCUCUCUUCCCUUCAGUAUCAUCAACUGGUGGAGUAUUGCCAUCAGAAGGCACUAAAAUCAACUCUAGUGAAUCAUUUGAUGUUGAUAGACUCCCAGCAUUGAAGAAACCAGUGACAGGCUCUUCACAGAAACAGACUCAAAGUAGGAGAGACUCCCUACCUUUGCUGCCACAGUCUUCCUCUAUAGUAGGGAUUGGGGGUAGCACAAGACAAGAUUCAUUGUCUAGUGGUAAAAGGAUUAAGAAGGAUUCAUCGUUAUCAUUACCAGCAGUGAAUGGAAGUAAUGCUGUAAAGAAGAGUAACCCAAAGAGACAAAAAACGGAGCAUGGCAGAUCAAGCAAAUCUCAAAAAUCAAAAAUAUCGCCAGAGAGAGAGUCAUUGUUAUUGAAUCAUGCCGAGAGAUACAGUAGACUCCAUCAAGUUAUGGAGCUACUCCAAGAAGCUAAAGAAAAACAAAAGUCUUCAUCAGUGGAUGAUGGCAAUAAAGCAGAUUACAGAGAAUUAAAGAUACAGAUACAAUCAACACUGGAGGAGGCAGUUAGACUGAGAGCAGAAACUGAAACACUCUCUGGGAAAAUAUCAAUAAAAGAAUAAUAAAUUACCACUGUUAUAAUGACUACAUGUAUUAUUA